UCCGCGAGCGCCGUGGAAGUCGUGCUGCAGGCGUCGCGCCAGUCUUCUCUCUGAGGUGCUGUCUCACCGGUGAGACCUGGAAGCGGGCGAGUCUCGUGCUGUGUCGGACCUGCAGCCCCUGGCCUUCCGCCACCAUGGAGUACCUCAUCGGUAUCCAAGGCCCCGACUAUGUUCUUGUCGCCUCCGACCGGGUGGCCGCCAGCAAUAUUGUCCAGAUGAAGGACGAUCAUGACAAGAUGUUUAAGAUGAGUGAAAAGAUAUUACUCCUGUGUGUUGGAGAGGCUGGAGACACUGUACAGUUUGCAGAAUAUAUUCAGAAAAACGUGCAACUUUAUAAGAUGCGAAAUGGAUAUGAAUUGUCUCCCACAGCAGCAGCUAACUUCACACGCCGAAACCUGGCUGACUGUCUUCGGAGUCGGACCCCAUAUCAUGUGAACCUCCUCCUGGCUGGCUAUGAUGAGCAUGAAGGGCCAGCGCUGUAUUACAUGGACUACCUGGCAGCCUUGGCCAAGGCCCCUUUUGCAGCCCACGGCUAUGGUGCCUUCCUGACUCUCAGUAUCCUGGACCGAUACUACACACCGACUAUCUCACGUGAGAGGGCAGUGGAGCUCCUUAGGAAAUGUCUGGAGGAGGUGAGUAGUUCCCAUAGGAUCCUGAAAGGAAUGUUUGUCUCUCUGUUUGCCAGUGUUGUUCCUGUUCCUCAGUUAUAUUUUUUCAGAUUUUUGCCAGAAGGUGUAAUACAUACCUACUAACCAGAUGUGAAGUUGCUACCAGGGAUAGAGUUUGGUGUGGAUAGCAAGCUCACUUUUCUCUCACAGAUUACCUCCUGAAUGUCAGUUUUAUAAUUUAAUUAUUUCUGGUUUAUCCAAACCAGUGGUUCUCAAAUUUUAGUGUGUGUAAGUAUCACCUGGGAAACCUGUUAAGCAGAUUGCCAUCUCUGCCCCAACCCUCAAUUCUGAGUCCACUGUUCUGAGGUACAAACUGGGAAGCUCUGCUUUAACUGGCAGUCCCAGGUGAUUUUGCUACAGGUGGUAACUGAGGCUGUACUUGAAGAACUUCUGCUCUAGACUUUAUUUUAUUUUAUUUUUUUAUUUGAGACGGAGUUUCGCUUUUGUUGCCCAGGCUGGAGUGCAGUGGCACGAUUUCAGCUCACUGCAACCUCCACCUCUGGGUUCAAGCAGUUCUCUUGCCUUAGCCUCCCGAGUAGCUGGGAUUACAGGUGCCCACCACCAUGCCCAGCUAGUUUUUUGUAUUUUUAGUAGAGACAGGGUUUCACCAUGUUGGCCAGGCUGGUCUUGAACUCCGGACCUCAGGUGAUCCACCUGCCUCGGCCUCCCAAAGUGCUGGGAUUACAGGCAUGAGCCACCACGCCCGUCCCUGCCCUAGACUUUAUACCUGCUCUGUUCUUGUGCCACCUGUAAUUGCCAUACUGCCUGCUCCCUUAAUAGUGCACGAGUCUUUGUAAUCUGUGAGAAAAAGCCUCCCCUAAGAAUUCAGGAGGACCAUAGAAAGCAACUAGGAAUCUUUGGGCAGAAGGGGAGAGUAGACUUUGGUUUGCGAGGACAGGAUUACAGAACACACCCUUUCUAAUACUACUCCUUAGAGUCUAAGGCUUUGGGUAUAGAUGGAGAAUGGGGGCAUGGGGAGGUCAAAAACCAGCCACAUUAGUUUUUUUCAUUCUUUUACUGUUCCUGUGGCUUAAGGAUGAACUUGAACUCGUGGUUUAGUAAGAGAGUAGGAAGAUAAGAGCAGGAGCGUUGGGAGUAAUGUCAGUUUGCUUCUUACACAGACCUUUUGUUUUCAGUCCACAGUGCCCACCCCACCCCCUGCUUUUUUUUUUUUUUUUUAAGAGAUGGAUCUCACUUUGUUGCCCAGGCUGGAGUGGAGUGCAGUGGCACCAUCAUAGCUCACUGCAGCCUGGAUUUCUGGAACUCAAGCGAUCCUCCCAAGUAGCUGAGACUACAGACAGGCACCACCAUGCUCAGCUCAUUUUUUUAUUUUUAAGAGAUGGGGUCUCGCUAUGUUACCUAGGCUGGUCUUGAACUCCUGGGCUCAAGAUACUCUUCCACCUCAACCUUCCAAUUACAGGCCUGAGCCACAGCUCCUGGCCUCUGCUUUGUUCUAAGGACAAUCACUCUUUGUUAGCUUAUUAUCUUGAGACAUUUUAAGAGAGACGUCUGUGUUUACCAGACUGAUGGGUAACAGACUAUGGGGAACAGAACGCUGGAUUGUCUCAUUCUUUCGUCAGCUGACUGACCAGAGACAGGCUCUUAGCUACACCUCCCAGUUCAGCCUCCCGGCCUCCCAGUCAUCCUCCAGCUGCUGUUUGGGUACCCUCUACCACUAGAGUACUAGGGCCCUACUGCCAACUGCCUCCAGUAGAAUAUCAGUUCCACAAAAGCAGGGAUUUUUGUUUGCUUGUAUCCCCAGUGUCUAGAACAGAGCCUGGCACAUAGAACUUAGUAAUCAUUUGUUGACUGAUUUCCUCCAUGUCUCUCUGCAGCUCCAGAAACGCUUCAUCCUGAAUCUGCCAACCUUCAGUGUUCGAAUCAUUGACAAAAAUGGCAUCCAUGACCUGGACAACAUUUCCUUCCCCAAACAGGGCUCCUAACAUCAUGUCCUCCCUCCCACUUGCCAGGGAACUUUUUUUUGAUGGGCUCCUUUAUUUUUUUCUACUCUUUUCAGGUGCACUCUUGAUAAAUGCUUAAUUCAGAAUAAAGGUGACUAUGGAUAUAAUUGA